AUGGCGGCGGCGGCGUCAUUCGCUUUCUCCCCGGCUCUUCGCUUCGCGUUCGUCCUGCUCCUCGUCUCCGGCGCGCUUCGACCGGCCGAAUCGGAGUGGAUCGAGGAAUCCGGCGGUUCGAGGAAGGGCGUGUCCCUCACGCGCUCCGCUCACGCGCAGCUCUUGCUACGCAGACAGCGGCAGCGGCAGCAGCGGCCCGCGACCGCCGUCGUCCGCGGCGGCCCGGGCGGCGACGCAAUCGUUUCAGCCGUCGGCUUUCCGCUCGUCCGCUCCGCCGCCUCUGACGGCUUCUCCGCGUCUGACGGCUCCCCCGUCGCGUCUGACGGCGCCUUCCACGGCGCCACCACAACCGCUACCUCGGACGGCAACGUGACGAUCAAAUACCACGGCGGACCGGUGGUGGUGGGCAAUCCAACGGUCAACAUUUACCACAUCUACUACGGCAGCUGGGGGGCGGGGUCGGGCAAGGAGAUUUUAGAGGCGUUCGUGCAGGCGCUGAGCAGCGACUCGGGCAGCCAGGGCGGCGCGGGGGACGCGAGUGUGAAGGGGUGGUGGGCCAUCACGGCCGCGUACUACCAGUCUGGCGCUGACGGGAAGAAGAACGUUAGUUCCAAGGUUCGACUCGCUGGGACCGUGAUCGACAACUAUUCACGCGGCAAGAACCCGUCAGACAGCGACGUGCACGCCAUCGCCUUGUCCUGCUUGAUUCCCCUUCUCUCCCUUCACCUGCCGGAACGCUCCAGUACAUGCACGCUCGCUGUCUCACCCUACUCUCCGCCCUCCCCUCCCCGGGCCUCCACCUGCCUCUCCCCCGCCCGUGCAGUUGUGAAGAGCCAGGUGGGGCCGGGCAAGCCCUUUCCGCUGGACCCUCACGGAAUCUAUGUGCUGUUGACCAGCGCUGAUGUCAUAUUUGGGGACUUUUGCAAGAAGUACUGCGGCUUUCACACCCAAGACUCGCUCAACUCCACCCCUCUGCGCUUCGCCUUUGUGGGGCACCACGGACAGUGCCCCAACUCGUGCGGGGUAAGGGGCACGUCACCCAACGGCAACCCUGCCAUCGAUGCUACUAUCACCACGCUUGCGCAUGAGAUCACCGAAGCUGCCACGAACCCGGACGUGAGAACGGGGUGGUUUGUUGACGAGGGCGGGGAGAACGCUGACAAGUGCUCAUGGGAUUUCGGCAGCACCAAGACCGUAUCCCUGCAGAACGGACAGAAAUACGAGUACAACUUGGUGGGGCUGAAUGGGAUGAAGUUCCUGGUGCAGCAGAACUGGGACUGCGUGCUGAACAAGCACGUCAGAUACACCGUCACAGCUGCUUAA